AGCACAUGAGCGACCGGCUUGACUCAGAUAGCAACUUUUAAAAUCGUAGUGAAUCUCUGGAUGAGGAAACGCUUAAGUUGGGAAAAUAUCGCAGCAUGAAACGCGUUGUUUUCGGAACAGUAGUACCAAGAACAUUUUUAAUAAUGGCGGGAGAUUAGAAACUUUCGUAAAUUUUUAUCUUUUAGUGUAAUUUUAAUUAUUUAUUUUUUACAAAAUUACUGCUGAAAGAUAAAUUAUACUACAGAUUUAAACUCCCGCCAUUUGAAAGGAAUUUUUUUUUAAAUUAAAAGUUUUUGUUGGAUUUAAGAAAUAAUGUGUACAUGCAAAUUUAAAAAUUGAUAGAUAUUCAUUUUUGGAAAUUUUCCGAACGUUUGAGCGUAAUGACAAGCUUAGAAGAUUUAUCAACGAACCUAUUGUGGCAGUCGUUUUCUAAAGAUGUCUAUUCACAAGGAAAGUAUGACUACAGUAAAAGCGGCCAAGAAACAAUUUUGGAAGUCAGUGAGAUUGACGAAUCCAAACCAUUGCUACAAUCUAAUCCAAAUAGUGCAUCUGGUAAAAAGAUCAAGAAAAAAGGAGCCGGAUGGCUAACAACUGCUUUUCUAAUUGUGAACACAGCAUUGGGCAUCGGUAUUCUCAACUUCCCCGCUGCAUAUGACCAAGCUGGUGGAAUAUUGUAUGCAACGUGCAUUCAACUUAUAAUGGUGUGUCUAAUGAUGUCAACAAUGUUUAUUCUCGCCUACUGCUCCGAUGUGAAUGGUGACAAAACCUAUCACGAUGUCUUACUGUCCAUGACUGGUAAAAAAGGGCAACGAAUGGCAGCCAUCUCCAUUACCUUGACUUUAUAUUGUGUAUGCGUUGCCAUUCUCAUUAUUAUCGGUGACCAAAUCGAUAGCUUAUUUUCAUCUAUAUAUGGCCCUGGUUUUUGCAACUACUGGUAUCUGGACCGCUGUUUCACGAUUCCUGCCACGGCAAUUUUCUUUAUUUUGCCCACCUGCUUUUGUAAAAGAGUGGACUUCCUUGCAGGCAUUGGAUCCAUUGGAAUAUUUGCCAUGUUGUAUCCAGUAUUCCUGACUGUUUAUGGUUACUUCAAAAUAGAUAUUAAACCAUCUACGAUCAAAACACACCCCGAUGAUCUUACCGCUAUGCUUGCUAUGCUUCCAGUCCUCGGACUUGGGUAUCAGUGCCAAGAAGUGUGCGUUCCAAUUUAUUCCUGCAUGAAGGACAGAAAUCUCUGCAACUUCGCAAAAUCGAGCUUCGUGGCUAUGGGAUUUCUCUUCGUGAUCUACUCGAUUACCGGAUGCUUCGGAUACCUGACAUUUGGCUCCGAAGUGGCACAUAACGUUAUGAAGAUGUACAAUGCCAAGGAUCCAUUCGUUAUGGUUGGGGUUGGUGCCCUAAUCCUCAAAAUGAUUGUCACCUACCCAAUCCUAGCACUGUGUGGCAGAGAUGCCACAGCGGGGAUUUACGCCGAAAUUCGAGGUCUUAAGCCAGUCGAGCUCGCAGCAGGUGAAAAAAGUCGCCGUUAUGUCUUCGCCGCCAUUUGGUUUACAAGUUCUCUAUUUCUUGCAGUAGUUACGAGUGGCAUCGGAAUCGUCAUCAAAUACUUAGGUUCUGUGGCCUCAGCAAACAUAUUCAUAUAUCCAGGAAUUUGUUUGAUGAAAGUUGUGCUCAAAGAAGAUCCAGACAUAGUGAAAACAAGAAGCAAAGGUCUGAUAGUUUAUUCUAUAUUUAUUGCCGCUGUGGGAGCCUUUUGCUUCGGAGAAGUUCUGCUUACCGCUAUUCUGAACUCAAAAUCAGAACUACCCGAUGAUCUGUGCGUGAAGGAGCUCAAAGCACCUUGAAAUACCCACCUGUAUUUCGAUGCUUAGUUUGAGGCUUCUUUUCAAGAGGAGGGAGAAAUCCAGCGCUCAACGAUUCGAAGAAUUCAGUGAUAAAACUUGCACAAUCUUAUUUCUUAUUGUUAGAACGAAGCGUUUGUAAAUUUUUCAUCUAGCAACAAAAGUUUUUGUUGAUUAUUUACUCUGGUGAUAAUCUUGUAAAUAUACAUUCUUAUUAUGAAGAAUUUUAUGAUAUUAGUGCCAAAAUGUUAAUGAUUACUUAAAAAGAAAAGUAUAAUUAAACUCCACUUUUUGUAAAUCUUAAUUUAUGGCAGAUAACACUAGCAAAAAUGAUAGGUGAAAACGGUGUUGGUUGAGUUUGCGGACCAGGACCCUUCUCACAGGAGGUAGACGGAUCAUUGACUCUAGAACCAAUAUUGAUUUCUGCUGAAAUUUAGAGCUAUUUGAGAUAAAAUGUCAGAUUGUUGGCUAUAACAACAGACUCUGCUAUGUAUAAAAUUACUUGUCAAUUUCUGUUUGAGUAAAUUUAUGAAAAUUGUGAUCAUGGCUAUAGUGAUCAGUCAAGUACAUCCAUAGCAACAUCACAAUUCAAUACUGUCAUGAGCAGGUAAACGGUAGUAGCUGCAGAAAUGAGUUUUCGAGGUACAGUAAAACCUGUGAAGUUGACCACCCUUGCAACUUGACCACUUGUCUAAGUUGACCGCUUUUAUCUGGCUUGGAAUUGGUCAUUACCAUAUAAAUCAAACUCUGUAAGUUGACCACCUGUUUAAAUUGACUACUAAUGUAGUGAACCGCAAGUGGUCAACUUACACAGGUUUUACUGUAUUUGAAGAAACGUGCAUUGGAUUCAAUACUGACAGUAGGGAAAUGUUGGUAUUGGACGUUUCUUUCCCGCUAUUAUUUCAGCGGAAAACAAAUAACCAACCUUGUACAAUGAAGUUAACGUGCAACAGAUAACGAUAGAAAAAAUGCAGUAACUGCUCUUUACCUACCCAUGGCAGAACACUGUUUUCAUAGUUCUGUCAUCUUAUUAAUGUCUAGUUUAUAUUAAUAUAUUAGUUUAUAUUAAUGUAUAAUAGUUCCAAAAAAUCUGGCAUGUUUAUAGAUGCAGUACUUCGAGUGCAGAUCUAAACAUCUCUUCUUAAAUUUAUACUCACCUACUUGUUAACGUUCCCUCUGGACAGUAUGCAAUGUGGCAGUGGCCAAUAGGUGAGUUGGUGUAAACGUUCCGUUGGUAUAAACGCUACUAUGAUGUCAAUUCAAACUAUCUUUUAAAAUUUAGUUGAAAAUCGACAUCAAUAAAUGUCAAUGAUAAUUGAGUGCCAUGCUUCAUGACUUUUGAAAUUUUUUAUUUGAUACGCGUGUGUCAACAGAAAUUUGAUUUAAGUUCUAGAAGUGACUUUUUGUUUACUUUCUUUGACCCAAGUCCUUUCCGUCUUCUAAGACUCUAUGUGCAUCCCUUACACUUUUCUUGUUAGUUUUAUUUUUUGGUGGUACUUUUACAUUCCUCCAAGAAAAUCAGUGUAUAUUUAUUGUUCUGAUACUAUUGCUACUGUUAAGAAAAGUUGUACUGAUUCGUGAUUUUUUUUGACAGUGAUUUAUGUCAACUCUCCGCAAAAUCAUAGCGGAAAAUUGUGUUUCGAAUCGUUUUAUUUAUGCUUAGAACUAGCACAAUACAUAUAUAUUUCUUAUGUAGUUUUUGCAAAGUUUAAAACAGCAGUUUUGCCAGGGAUCCGUGAAAAAAUGUAUUUUGCAGUUUUUCCUCUGGAAGAGAGUGUUUCAUCAUCAUAUGAAUCAGCAACUGUUCACUGUUGGUAAUGUUCCACAAAAAGACUAUUUACUAUUCUUUUUUAAUGGUUCCAAAGUAAGCCAAGAUGUUACGAUUUUGAUUCUAUCGGACCCUAGACAAAAUUGCUUUAUCAUUUGCGUCUCAAAUUUAUACUAUCCGGAUAGAAUGAUUUUUUUUCAAGCCAACAUUGUUGUAAUUUUUUGAGCCUAGUAAUAUUGUAAUUCAGCCAAGUGACCAAACUUAUGUAAAAAAGAAAAGAAAAAUAAAACCUCUGUUAUUAAAAAAAUUA